AUGGACGAAGAUUACCAAGAACACAAAUGGAUAACUGCCAAUGAGGACAUGGACUACGAAGACGAAUACGAGUCUGAACUAGACGAUGAAGAGACCAAGCAAAUGUUAGACGAACUGGCAGCUGAGUUAGUGGAACUUGGAAAACCAGACAAAGAAGAGGUUCUGUUCGAGUUUGAUGACGACACACAAGAAGAUGCGGAAGUUGAAUCAGAAGAGGAAGAUGGUGUCGCUCGCGCAGGAGUGAGAUUCGCAGACACAGAUGAUGAUGAGUCCAACACCGAAGGAAUUGUAAGAAGCUACAGUGACGACGGUGUCAAAGUUGGAGCGAAACGGGUACUUCGCCCAAGACACAAUCGAUCCUACUUCUCACAAGGGGUAAAAAUGAGACCCACUGAGAGAUACAGAAGAGAGAAAUCAAGAUUUGGACAGGCAUACCUGCAAAGAAGGAAUCCGCCUGUGCCAAACGUUUUGAGAAACAGGCGUGCGAUGAGAAGAAAAGCACGAAUGAAAAGACUCCGAGUCUCGCUGUAUCAAGCGAUUAAGAAACGAAUUGACACGCAAAGAAAUGGAGCACAGUUGCAAGGAAACCUUAAGGCCGAAACUAUAGUGACAUCGGAAAAAACACUAGUUUUCUGGCGCGCAGGCAUGGCCUCGAGUCAUUUUUCACUUCCCGUGAACUGA